CAUAACUCAAACUCUCUCACAUUCAUAUAGCUAUAGAGUGCUCUAAUAAUUUGCUCAAGAAAAUGGUUAAAAUUCUCCAUUUUCUUCUCAUUUUCAUGUAUAUUUUCUUUUCUUUCUUCUUUCCUCAAAUUUCCUCUGAUUCAUCUGUUGACGGAUUUAUUUAUGGUGGUUGCUCACAAAUAAAAUAUACGCCCGGUUCGCCUUACGAGUCGAAUCUCAACUCGCUACUCACAUCUCUAGUCAACUCAGCAACUUACUCAUCGUACAACAAAUAUAGUAUAGUGGGGUCCACCCAGCAAGACACGAUCAACGGUCUAUAUCAAUGCCGAGGCGAUUUAUCCAUGCCGGAUUGCGCCACGUGUCUAGCACGCUCGGUGAGUCAACUCACCGAGUUGUGUCCACAGACAUGUGGUGGAGCUCUACAAUUACAAGGGUGUUUCGUGAAAUACGAUAACUUCUCCUUUUUGGGCUUGGAAGAUAAAGAUGUGGUGAUGAAGAAAUGUGGGCCGUCUAAUGGGUUUGAUUUAGAUGAAAUGGGCCGAAGGGAUAGUGUUUUGGGAAGCCUAAUGGGUGGUAAUGGGCUUUAUCGGGUUGGUGGGUCGGAAGAUGUACAAGGUAUGGCCCAAUGUGUGGGUGAUUUGAGUAUGGCCCAAUGUCAAGAUUGUUUAUCGGAGGCGAUCGGACGGUUGAAAAAAGAGUGUGGUGGUGGUGUUUAUGGUGACAUGUUUUUGGGAAAAUGUUAUGCUAGGUAUACAACUAAGGGAGCUCAUCUAUAUGAUAUACCUAAUCAUCAUGAUUCCCAUAGUGAAAGUGAGAAGACAUUUGCACUUAUUAUUGGAUUAUUAGCUGGGGCUGCUCUUCUCAUCAUUUUCUUAACUUUCAUGAGAAGAAUAUGUGGAAGAAAUGGUAAAUAAUAAAUUGUAAAUGAAUUCUACAAAUUUGAUAUGCUUUUGCUGGCCUUUUACUUCAUGUCUACAUCAACUUGUCCUUCUCUUUUCUUUUUAUGUAUUUAGUCUUUUUAGAAAGAGAUUUAUUUUAUAUUAUUUUUAAUUGAAAAGGAGAUUUCUAAGUGAAGAACUCUAGGGGUGUGUAAUAUCAAAAAAUAAAAAAGCAUUGUAAAGGGAAAAAGAAAAGCCUAAGAUUCCACUCUUCACUUUGAUGUAAAGAAAUUUGCUUUUGCUUAUUAGUGAAUGUUGUAAUAAUUGGAUACUUUCGCAUGUGAAUGUUGGAUAAUUAUGAAUUAUUACUA